CUAGAAAUCGGUGGAGUUGACUUUCUCUUCUUUACCCCCAACGACUCCGCCUCCACUGAAUUUACUUUAUUCAUAUUUUAUAUAUUCUCUCCUUUCACUACUGACUAAUAGUCUACAAAAAUGUUGGCGAUAUCUCCAUAAUACUCUAAAUAUUUUUUUGUUCGCGUACUCUUCGGGGUAUGAAUAAUUUAUAGAUUUUAUUGAUAAAGAUAAUAAGUACAAAUAGAUAAUGUACAGUAACCAUUAUGAAUGAGACAGUAGUUCAGGUGAAUGACGUAUGUCCCAUAUGUUCUCGAUCAAUACCUCAAAGAUUAUUGGAAAGACACGUGAACUCAUGCUUAGACAAUCAAGAAACUACUAUAGUGGAGGACUCCGAAGCAUCUCCCGAUUCAACUCUUGACGUAGAAAUUAUAGAAGAAAAUAAGAAAAGACCAGUAGAAAAUGCAUUUUCGGUGUUAGGAUUGAAAGCUGACUAUUCCAGUACUAAAAAGAAAAAACUUGAAAAACUUCAAAAGACUAAGCCUACGUUAACAAGAAUAUUGAUAGAAGAGAGGAAGAUCCAGUCUCAACAGAAGAAGAAAUUAAAGAAUGAGUCAUCUGAAGAGCCCUCAUUAGAGGAAUUGGUUAAGGUGAUACCCUUAUCAACUCUGGAAGAUGUCAAACAAGAAGAAGAUACUGUAAAAUCACCAGUAGCCGAAGAAUCAAUUUCUGUCUCUACUACUACUACUACUCAACCACCAUCAUCACCACCACCUCCAAGACAAUCUAGUUAUCUCACAAAGGCACAAGAAACAGCCAAACUUAAACGAGAAGCUAGUAUACCAUUAGCUCAGAGACUACGACCUAAAUCAUUAGAUGAUUUCUUUGGUCAAGAGAAGUUAUUAGGUAAGAACGGAUUAUUAAGAAAUAUUAUUAAAGCAGACACUAUACCUUCUUUUUUACUUUGGGGGUCACCGGGAGUAGGGAAGACAUCCUUAGCUCGAAUCAUUGCUCAUGAAACUAGUUGUAAAUUUAUAGAAUUAUCAGGAGCUGAUGCUAAUGCUAAGAAACUUAAAGAAGCAUUUCAACAAGCAGAAAAUGAAAGAAAUUUAACUGGUCGGAAAACUAUCUUAUUCUUAGAUGAAAUACAUCGAUUUAAUAAAGCUGUACAAGAUUUAUUAUUACCAGUCAUUGAAAAAGGGGUAGUAACAGUAAUUGGUGCGACUACGGAAAAUCCAUCAUUUAUUUUAAACAAUGCUUUAUUAUCUAGAAUGCAUACUUUUGUAAUGGAUCCUUUAACAUCAGAUGACAUUAUUAAAGUUCUUGAAAGAGCGUUAUAUCAAAUCAAUAGACUAAGAAAGUUACUAUAUGAUUUACAUUUUAUUUCCCUUAAGAGAGAUGCCUUUGAAUAUAUUGCUGAAUUAGCCAUGGGAGAUUCAAGAGUGGCUUUAAACAUUCUUGAAUCUGUAAAUGCAUAUUUAUCUACCGAUAAUUUUUCUAUUAAUAAUAAACAAAGAGUUGGUGUUAUAAAUAUAUCGGGUGAUUUAUUAAAACCACUAUUAAAGACUAGAAAUUUUCAUAAUAUGUAUGAUAAACAUGGAGAAUCUCAUUAUGAUACUAUUAGUGCAUUUCAUAAAUCUGUUCGAGGUUCAAAUGCUGAUGCUGCUAUGUUUUAUCUUGUAAAGAUGCUUAGUGGAGGUGAAGAUCCUAUGUUUAUAGUUCGUAGAAUGAUUGUAAUGGCAAGUGAAGAUAUUGGUUUAAGAGAUAGUUCAUGUUUACCAUUUGCAAUUGCUGCAAAGGAAGCUAUAGAGUUUGUGGGAAUGCCCGAAGGAGAAAUCAUAUUAGCUCAUUGUGCUAUGAAGAUGGCUAGAGCUCCUAAAUCAACUAAAUCAUACAGAGCAUUAAGAUCUGCUCAACAAUUAAUAAGAGAAAAUCCUGAUAUAACAAAACUACCUAUCCCAUUACAUAUUCGAAAUGCUCCUACUAAUUUAAUGAAGGAAUUAGGAUAUGGUAAAUCAUACAAAUAUAAUCCUCAAUUUAAGAAUGGAGUAGUCAAACAAUCAUAUUUUCCUAAAGAUAUGGAAGAACCCAAAUUCUUAGAGCCUACUCAUUUAGGUACUGAAGUAGAUCAUGAAGCACCCGAGCAAGCUCAUUUUGCAGCUGAAAAUCAAGUCAAGGAGUAUAAAUCGUUUAAGAAGAUAAAGAGGAAAUUACUACGAGAAAGUUACCUAAAGGCUCUUAAAAGGAAACAGGAGGCUGCUAUUGCAAAUAUUUAUACUAAAAAUGGAGCUACUGAUACUACCUCAUCUCCAGGUUAUACAUACGACGAAUUUCUCAGUAAAGAAGAUCAACCAGAGUAUUUUGAUGGAGAAGAAAAAGACGAGUAUUCCGAUGAUCCUGAAAGCACUAAUAAUUUUGAAAAGUCCUAUGAUGAAUUUCUAGACCCAGACUCUCAACCAGACUAUUAUGUAAAUGAUAAAACAGAAAAUGAUGACCCUGAUGGAGGGUUAUUGUUUUUAGACUAAGACGUUACUGUGUCGUGGCUCUGCCCCAUACUUUUUUUUUGCUGCCAUAUUGCCCAAUGCGGAAGCGCGCCAAUUAUAUAAAGACUGGGAACUCCGUAAUAUAAUUUUAAUUAACGAAGAUUAAAGUAAAGACA